AUCUUAUAUUUGACUUUUUCAUCCGCUCGUGCACGUCACCUGAACAAUAAAGCCACCAUGCGCCUCCGCGCGCACGACCCGUUCCGGUCCCUCUUCCUGCUCUGCAUCCUCCUGAGGAGCUGCCAGGCCUUCAAGAACGACGCCACGGAGCUGCUGUUCUCUCACGUGAGCCCGCCGGUGCCGGUACCGGAGCCGGCGCAGAGCAACGUGUCCCUGAACCGCGCGCGGAGCGGCGGGAGAGGCGCGGGCACCGGGGCGCAGGACAGAGGAGACCCUAGUCAGAUCGGAUGCAGAGAGCUGAGGUCUACCAAGUACAUCUCUGACGGCCACUGCACCAGCAUCAACCCCAUCAAGGAGCUGGUGUGCGCAGGCGAGUGCCUCCCAGCCCAGAUGCUCGAGAACUGGAUCGGCGGGGCCCACGGCAGGAAGUUCUGGGCCCGCAGGAACGCGAACCACGACUGGCGGUGCGUCAACGACAAAACCCGCACCCAGCGCAUCCGGCUGCAGUGCCAGGACGGCAGCGCGAGAACCUACAAGAUCACCGUGGUCACYUCCUGCAAGUGCAAGAGGUACUCGAGGCAGCACAACGAGUCGGGGAACAAGUUCGAGGAUCCGGCGGCGCUGCCGCCAACGCUCCUGCACAGACACAAAUCCAAGAGCAAGAGGAGGUCGGGGAAGAAGCGUCUGAGGGAAAACUGGCAUGAGACGGAACCCUAAGAACUGGAAACCGUCCAGACUUGACUCUAAACAUUUGGGAUGUUUGUCUCUGACACAUCUGGAGGGUACGGUUGUGGAUUAUUUCUCUAACAGGAGAAGCUGCUUCUACAUACAGAUGGAGACUCCAGACGCCAUGCUGAGGACGUUUGAUUUGAAAAUGUGACCAGAGUUGGGUUGUACAGUCUGAGGUGCUCUUUGUUUUUGUUCUAAUACUCAUUAUGCAUGCUGAUGAACUGCAGCCCAAUGCAUCAAAACCAGUAAAAACAAACAGAACUUUUAAGAAUUCAGUGUAAAUAUUUGUACAUAUAUUAAAUUCCUAUUGGUCUUUUGAAGUAUGACCACGUGUAUUAGUUUUUACAGUGUAAAAUAAUAUGAUGUAUGAGUGUGUAUAAACAUACCUGGUAAAUCAGCAUUUUGUUGGUCUGAUCAUUCAAUGAUGUAAUAACCUUUUCUUCAAUAAAUCAAUCUUUUWCCUCUGAUUUUUCUAAAUCCAUUGCUCAUGAAGUUGCAUGUAUGAGAAGCCAUAAACACAGUCAUAUUAAAAACAUUCAAAAAUAAUCUGUUUUUAAACGCAGAGUUACCAAAAUGUCAUGUGCAUCACGAACUGUUGAAAUGCACAAGAACAAUAUGCGUAUCAUUUCCUUUGAGUUCAGGCUUUGUAUWGCAAAAAUACUGUAUGUUAUGGUGAGACGUCUGCAGAUUCAGGAGUCUAUGCAGCUGCAGAUGACAAAUAUGACAAACUCUGCUCUAAUGUACUAAAACAACACUGUUUUCAAAAUAAACCAAAAACUUGUAUUAAAAAUAAAUUAUUUUUUAGAGCUUU